AUGAAGAUCAUAACAGAAGACAACGUUGAAAAGUACUUCAAUUCCACUCUUAGCAGAGAUGCUAUUAUUAAUAAAUUUCAACCUUCUUUAUUGAAGGGCCUCUUAAACUAUGAAAAAGAUCCAUCAAAUAUAGUACCUCCGAGAAUUGUACAAACUUCCAAUACGGAGAAUUCAGACACAACCCACUUAUUUAUGCCUUGCAUAGCACCUAAUGAAGUUGGCAUCAAGCUCAUUUCAGGUGGACCUAGUAAUUCUAAGAAUGGCUUAGGCUUUCAAGGAUGUAUCUUGGUAUUGGAUGAAUAUACCGGAUCACUUCAGGGAGUUUUGAAUGCCAAAUCUAUUACAGCUUUUAGAACAGCAUUGGCAAGUACUAUCCCAAUGGUUAAGGUUCUUGAUCCUUAUGACAGUGAUGCUUCAAUUUCGAGUAUUUCGGUAUUUGGAGUGGGUUUGCAGGCGUACUGGCAUGUCAAGCUUGCCCUUAUUUUGUACCAAGAUAAAGUUAACCACGUCAAUAUCAUCAAUAGAACGUUGAAGAACGGCGAAGAGUUGGCCAACAAGCUACUUAUGGAGUUUCCUAAUGUAUCAUUCAAGGCGUAUCUGUAUUCUGAGGAUGAUCAAUUGAGUACAAUCAAGAAGCAGGUUUCUGAUAGCUCCAUCAUUUUUGGAUGUUCUCCAUCUACAGAGGCUGUCAUUAAGGCAGACUACAUAAACCUGGACCCAAAAGUAAAGAAAUUCAUUUCAUUAAUAGGUUCUUACAAACCACACAUGAUAGAAUUAGACUUAGAUUUCAUUGUUCCCCAAUACAAGGAAGCAGCGUCGAAACCGAAGAUCCUCGUGGAUUCAAAAGAGCAUACUUUACACGAAGCCGGAGAAUUGAUACAAAGUGGUAUCGACGAAAGUCAGCUUAUCGAAUUAACAGACUUUUGCAAGUCAAAGAAAGACCCUAGCGAGUACACCACCUCGACCAAUGUCGUUGUUCUGAAAUUGGUGGGUUUGUCUGUUAUGGACUUGUCGAUUGCAAAUCUUAUCAUCAAGGAUAUAGAUGAUUCACAAAGUAUCACGGUGCAUGAUUUUUAA